CAUGCAAGACAAACGCGAUAUAGUCAAUUUCCACGACGUUCUCUCAUUGGCAGAAUCAUAUAGAGUUGAAGGAGAACGCCGAGUUAAAUCGAGGACAGUUUACACAACUCAUCAAUUGCAAAUUCUCGAAGAGGAAUUUAGUAAAUGCCACUAUCCUCCCCCAAGGAUCAUCGAAUUAUUAGCAAUUGAACUGGACAUACCUCAUAAGAAGAUUAAGGUUUGGUUUCAAAAUAAACGCGCAAGAUGUAGACGAAAAUUAAUUGAAGAACGUAAGAGAAAGGAAAGGGAAUCUCUUGUCUACAAAUAUAUACCGAAAUCUGUAUAUAACUGA